AUGCUACCGAUAGUAACUCCACCGUCUCCACCACCCCCAACCCCACCACCAAUAAUAAUGACGUCACUCUCAACCGUUAGAAUCCCUGUCGGGACUGGAAGUUUCUUGGAUAGCACUGUCACUGUGUCAUUCACAGCUGGACUCGCAGGGACGUCUCCUGGGACAUCGAGUCAGAUAACGUCUGGUUCAGAUGCCACAAUAACGUCCAAGUCCUCCACUGGAACCUCAACGACGAUGCAUAUACUCUCAUCAGACUUUCCCGGAAAUGCAAGAAAUCUAAGCAGUGGGGAAAAAACCAACCACAAUAUCGGUCUUAUCGUCGGAUUAACACUCGGGAUAUCGACUCUAGUAGCCUUUUCCGUUAUUUUCACCGCGAGGGUUCUGUACCUACGGCAUCAGCGGCGAAUGGAAAUGGAAAAAUCAACUUGGGUGAAGAAUCCGAUGGUAAUAGGAGAAGCGCUGUCAAGUCCGUCGAUCAUUGAACAAAAUGUCAGACGAGGGUCGGGUAAAAGGAGAGAAACAACCGAGUCUGUAGUUCACAAUCACAAUGUAGUGCCAAGAACACAACGAGAGGAGCAACCUGGUGUUACUAGAAUGGGUGCUGAGGAUUUGCCUCCGGAUUAUCAUGAAUGA